GCGUUGUUGGAGAUUGCAUGGGGUUGCAUCCUCGCGCCGACCUUUGCACCGCGCUCCCAAGUGCUGGACAACUUCCCGGGAUUGGCCACCCUGGAGUCCUGUAGGUAACUCAGAGGAGCAGUAGCCUCACUGUUUUUGUAUUUUAAACUGCAGCAGCAAUUUUGAUAGCAACAAUGAAGCAAUAAUAUCUGAGAACAAAGGAGUAUUCGCCAGCUAACUGUCAUCACAAUUUCAAGUGAUUGUAUCAGAAGAAACAAACUGCAGCAGAACUCUGUGUCAGCCAGUACAGGAAGAAUGCUUUCUUCUGAUGUGCUAUAUUUAGAAGCAGUUUUAAUACAGAUCAUAUAAAUUAUAUUUUUGUCAAAUGAAAUAAAAAUGAGUGAAGCCCCCAGAUUCUUUGUUGGGCCUGAAGAUACAGAAAUAAAUCCUGGAAAUUAUCGACAUUUCUUCCACCAUGCAGACGAAGAGGAAGAGGAAGAGGAUGAAUCUCCACCAGAAAGACAGAUUGUGGUUGGAAUAUGUUCCAUGGCAAAGAAAUCCAAAUCUAAACCAAUGAAGGAAAUUCUGGAACGGAUCUCCUUAUUUAAAUACAUCACAGUAGUAGUAUUUGAAGAGGAAGUUAUUUUGAAUGAACCAGUGGAAAACUGGCCUUUAUGUGAUUGUCUUAUUUCUUUCCAUUCUAAAGGAUUUCCACUGGACAAAGCAGUUGCCUAUGCAAAACUCAGGAAUCCAUUUGUAAUCAAUGACUUGAAUAUGCAGUAUCUCAUACAAGAUAGGAGAGAAGUAUAUAGUAUUCUUCAAGCUGAAGGUAUUUUACUUCCUCGUUAUGCAAUUUUGAACCGUGAUCCAAAUAAUCCCAAAGAGUGCAAUCUGAUUGAAGGAGAAGAUCAUGUAGAAGUAAACGGGGAGGUUUUCCAAAAGCCAUUUGUAGAAAAGCCUGUCAGUGCAGAAGAUCACAAUGUUUACAUUUAUUAUCCAACAUCUGCUGGAGGUGGAAGUCAAAGACUCUUUAGAAAGAUUGGCAGUAGAAGUAGUGUAUAUUCCCCAGAAAGCAAUGUACGAAAAACAGGCUCAUAUAUAUAUGAAGAGUUUAUGCCCACAGAUGGUACGGAUGUUAAGGUAGGAUUUAUCAAGUAUAUUUUAAUUCUGUAUUUAGGGUAGUGCUGAUGUUAAGGUACCUGAAUUAAAGUACAGUGCUUCUUGAUUUAUGAUGGUGUUACAUCUUGAUAAACACUGUAGUUAGCUGGGUAGGAUAGUGCACAUCUGUAAUAUCUGCAUUCUGGUGGCAUGACUGAGUCAGGAAGAUCUUGAGCUUGAGGCAAGAUUGGGCUACAAAUGAGACCCAGCCUCAAAAGAAGAAGAAAAAAAUGUGAGUUGCAAAAGCACUUAAUGACCUAUUGAAAAUCAACCUGGUGCACUAUAGAGCAUGUGUAGCUGACUGGAGGCUAUAGUGCAGGCCCCUGACUAGCGUCAAGAAAGUGUCAUGCCCCAAACCUGAGAAUCAUGAGCAUC